AAUACCGCUUCCCAUCUACUCAACCGCCAAGCCCAUCUCUUCUCUUCUUCAUCAUCUCAAAAGCCCUAGCAAACCCUAGAUUCGAUUUCGCUGAAGAAAAGAUGCCUUCGAUUCCAGAAGAGCCUCUCCUCGCCCCUAAUCCGGACCGGUUCUGUAUGUUCCCGAUUGAGUACCCGCAAAUAUGGGAGAUGUAUAAGAAAGCCGUCGCGUCUUUCUGGACAGCGGAGGAGGUCGAUCUCUCUCAGGAUCUCCGUCAGUGGGAAGCCCUAACCUCCGACGAGAAGCACUUUAUUAAGCACGUACUUGCCUUUUUUGCCGCCUCCGACGGCAUCGUUUUGGAGAAUCUCGCCGGACGGUUCAUGAAGGAGGUCCAGAUUGCGGAGGCGCGUGCGUUUUAUGGAUUCCAGAUCGCCAUCGAGAAUAUCCACUCUGAGAUGUACAGUCUUCUGUUGGAGACUUACAUCAAGGAUUCCGAAGAGAAGGAUAGGUUGUUCCACGCGAUUGAUACUGUGCCCUGUGUGGAGAAGAAGGCUAAGUGGGCUCUCCGUUGGAUUGAUGGCUCGGAAUCAUUCGCUGAGCGUUUGUUGGCCUUUGCUUGUGUUGAGGGGAUCUUCUUCUCUGGGAGUUUUUGUGCUAUAUUCUGGCUGAAAAAGCGCGGUUUGAUGCCGGGGUUGUCCUUCUCGAAUGAGUUGAUCUCGCGAGAUGAGGGCUUGCACUGCGAUUUUGCGUGCAUGCUCUAUGGGCUGCUGAGGAGGAAGUUGAGCGAGGAGCGCGUGAAGUCACUUGUGGUUGAAGCUGUUGAUAUUGAGAGGGAAUUCGUGUGUGACGCGCUUCCCUGUGCUUUGGUGGGGAUGAAUGGGGAUCUGAUGAGCCAAUACAUAGAAUUUGUGGCUGAUAGAUUGCUAGGUGCAUUGGGAUGCAGUAAAGUGUACAAUGUCCAGAAUCCGUUUGAUUGGAUGGAGCUGAUCAGCUUACAGGGGAAGACCAAUUUCUUUGAGAAGAGAGUUGGAGAAUAUCAGAAGGCAGCUGUCAUGUCUAGCCUGAACGGUAAUGGAGACACCCAUGUGUUCAAGUUGGAUGAAGACUUCUAAUUUAGAUAGUUUAAUUAUUUGUUUUCUCUUACCUUUUUUUCGUAAGUCAACUAAAAGCACAAAAAAUGGUUCGUAUAUUGUCUAGUAUCUGUAACGUUUUUCAUUUAUUUCUAUAAAGUAUAAUUUUCAUAUGAAA